AGUUUGAAAGGUGGUCGUGUCAAGAAAUCUUCAAAGCAGGGCAGAAUCCCAAAAAAUCCAACCGGGAUUCGAAGGACUCAGCAAUCUGUGCAUAAUGAUGAAGAAUCUGUUGGUUUGGUUGAUAUGAACGAGUUAUCUCGGAUGUUAGAUGCUAAAUUGAAUGCGCAGUACAAAAAGAUCAUUAAAGGUGUUUCUGAUUGGUUUAUUGCAAACACUUUGAUUUCUGCGGAGAAUGGGGAAGAUGUUCCUCCGGAGAAUGGUAAAGAAGUUUCUGCGGAGAAGAGGAAAGGGAAAAAGGUUCCUGUUCCCCAGUCUAAUCCUCUCCACAUUUCCGAUGGAGAUGAUGAUUUUGACACUCUCUUUCCCCUCCGUCCACCGAGUCGUCGUCCUUCUCGCAUUGGCAAAGCUGCCCAUCGCGUUCCCCAAGCGCCCGACGACGGAUUGGGACUCAACAAUUCUGUUGAAGGGAUAGCUUCUUAUUAUAACCGCUUUGUAUCUGGAGAUUGCAGUGGGUCAAGGUCAGGGGAUGGUCUAGCGAGUCAUGUUGAUGUUGAAGAAAACGGUUUGGUUAAUUGUCAGGUUAGUAGCUAAAUUCAUUGAUAUCCGUUUUGCCUCGUAUCUCUAAUAACGUAUCUGUCCUACCAUGUUGCCUAUAUAUGAUCUGACUUUACAUUUUAUUUUCUAAUCCGUU